AUGGGUUCGAUUCCGCUCAACGGCGCCACUUGGCUUGCCGACAUCGUCGGUACAUUGCAUAGUGGCUAUGCACACAUUCAUCCCUACAUAGCCGUAGCGCUUUGUCUUGCCGGAACAGCGAUGAAUGCCGUCACAGUUGUGGUGUUCACACGACCGUCAAUGCUUUCUCCAAUCAACGCCAUUCUAUGCGCGGUAGCGAUCUGUGAUAUUUUGGUGAUGACAUCCGUGUUGGUGUUCGUCUACCAUUUUCUUAUAUCGGCAACUUUUAGGUGUGAUGUAGAAGAUUACGAUAGAAUAUGGGCGUACUUUUUGUUCGCACAUUCACAGUGUACUGUUAUUUUGCACGCUACCAGCAUUUGGCUUACGGUAUUAUUAGCGCAAAUUCGUGUGUACACUAUCAAACGGGCCACAUCUGGACCAACAGAAGCAAUAACAGCCAAAGCAACUGGUUUUAUUGCUCUGGUCACUUUGUUUAUCGUAGCAAUUGUGAAUAUUCCAAAUUUUAUGACAUUUGAGAUAGUGGAAAUUGACGCAGAACUAUGGUUACCGUGUUUGAUGUCCACUUCAAUGAACACGUCCGAACAGGCGAUGAGCUCAUUCUUGGAGUUCAGUAUCAGCAUAGGGCUAUUCACUAACUUUGUCACUUUGCAGGUUGCAUUCUGGGUAAAUGGGAUCUUCUUCAAGGUCGUGCCAUGCACUCUCCUCACCGUCUCCAUCAUAGCACUGUUGAAGAUCAUACGUGAUGUUUCCCACCGUCGGAAAAACCUCGCAUUGGUGAUGAACAAAAGGAGAAUGCCCCGAGACCAUACCACACCGAUGCUCGUCGCCGUGCUUUCAAUUUUCCUCAUUGCCGAAUUGCCUCAAGGUCUGCUGCAUGUCUGCAAUGCGAUCUACUCCAAUGAAACAUUCUAUCAAAAAAUAUACCUUCCUCUCGGUGAUUUAAUGGAUCUUCUGUCUUUGAUCAACUCAGCUGUCAAUUUUCUCAUUUAUUGUGCAAUGAGUAGGAAAUUUCGAAAUGUGUUUAUGCAAACAUUCAUAGCCUGCUUACCGGAUCCAUUAAAGUUAAUACACGACUGGCCAGCAAUAGGCGAUCUAGAGGUGACCAGGCCGAAACCAUCCGGUCUUACUGAUCUUACUAAAUCGGAGCAGCUCGCUAUGACUUCAUCACAUCGGGUCUCUGCUACUUCAGUGCUGAUCCAGGCGAAUUCAAAAGAAAAUACAUCGAAGAUGUACACAGGGAAUCUACUUUCACGCCAGUUCAAACUCUUCUCCAAUCCAAUCACGGCGAUACGUCGACUGUGGGAAUCGGGCACACAAACGAUACAGAGCAGCCCUCAACGCAGAAUUAACCUUAUUCAUUGCGAAACACAGUACUGA